CGCUAAACUAAUUCACCGAGAGUGUAGCACGGUAAGACCCUCCUCGCAACGAGUAAUAAUAUGGCGACAGACAAACCCACCAGCAGCUUCGGCAUCGAGCUGGAGUUUCUCGUAGCCGUGAAGAGGAACCCCCCUUCUCCAGCCCGCAAGCCCCUGCGGUUUUUAGGAGCCCGGGGCGCGCCCAUCGUUGUCGACGGGGGCGGGAAUGCCCACGGAGUCUCCGUGCCGGCCGCCGUCCGAGCGAACAUAAAGCGAACGAUCAGGCUCGCCGCGGAGCGCUGCGCCGGCGACCGCGUCGUAUCUUCGGAAGCGGAGGCGACCGCCGACCCCGAGGCCAUCCACCUGAGGCCCUAUGCCGAGGGCUGGCAGGUCAAGGACGACAUGUCGGUCAAGAUGCCGCCGGAGCUGCUCCGGGAGGAGCACAUGCAGGAGUACAUCUGGCAGCGGGCCGAGAUCACGUCGCCGCCGCUCUGGGCCACCGAGAAGUCCUACAACGAGGUCCGCGCCGUCGUCUGGGCCCUGUCCGACGCGUACUGGGUCCUCGCCCCCGCCGAGACCGCCGGCCUGCACGUCCACUACGGCCGCGGCAGGGACUGGAUCCCGUUCCACGAGCUGCGCAGGAUCGCCGCCUUCCUCUACCCCGCCGACCCGAUCCUGGUGCAGAUGCACCCGCCCCCGCGCCGCGAGACGGCCUUCGCCGCGAGCAACCGCCUGUACAGCCAACUCGCGCACUGGGUGACGCCCGAGCAGGCGGCGGCGCUCAUCCGCAACCCGGAUCUGGAGGAGGUGCCGCCGUGGGCCGACGGCAGCGGCCCCCAGACGCGGCCGCUGCCGGCGCCGGCGCCCUUCUUCCCCCCGCUCUUCCGCCGCGGCGCGCUCGGCGGCUACACCUUCAGCGAGCACGUGUUCGGGCUGGGCCGCGACCCGAUGCUCGACCAGGGCCGCCAGACGCCGCUCGGCACGGAGGCGGGGGCGCGGGCGCUGCUCGCGGCGCCCAACGCGCCGACCGUCGCGCUGCUCAUGCAGUUCUUCAUGAACCGCGCCGCGUACAACUUCGGCGCGUACAACUCCGGCACGUACCGGCGCGUGUGGCCGGGGCCGUCGGGGCCGGGCGGCGAGCUCUUGCCCGACCCGUACAACCAGCCGCGCCGCACGCUCGAGUUCCGCCAGGCGGCGAGCACGGACGACGCCGACGAGGUCGUCGCCCACUGCCGCGUCGUCGUCCGCAUCUGCGAGUGGGCCGGCCGCUCCCGCCCCCGCGACUUCUGGAAGAUCGUCCUCGACUGCGCCCAGGCCGAGACUCACCCCGGCUGGUACGACGUCUUCGACCUGCUCGCCGACCUCGGCCUCGCCGACGAGGCCCGCGUCCUCCAGCGCCGCUUGGCGCGCUCCUACGGCGUCCAGACGCCCGACCGCGGCCGCGCGCCGGGGUGGAGAAGGGCGUCUUCCGUCCCCCCGACUCGGACUUGGACGAGCCUGCCAUCGAGGGUUUUGCGCUCGUUCCGGUACAUGGUCGUCUAGGUAGGUAGGUACUAGCCCGCCGGCCGCAGAAAUAGCGAGGUGAUGGUGGUUCGUUUGGAAUCGGGUAAGUACAUUCGUAGCAUCUCACGAAGAGCAAUGUAAGUCCAAUCCCCCCCU